AAUAAUAAUUUCAAGGUUUAAGAGAGAGAGGGCAAGAGGAAAGAGAAGGAGGGGAGGAGGAGAUGGGUUGCUCCUUCUCGGGACUCAAUGCCCUCUACGACGCCGUCAACGGCGGCGGCGAGGUCUGGAUCAACGACAACCGUUUUCGGAUACUCAGGCAGCUCGGCGAGGGCGGUUUCGCCUUCGUCUUCCUCGUCAAAGAGGUCGUCGCCGAUGGCAACUCCAGUCUCGCUAAAAAGAAGUCGAUCAAUCCAUCCCACAUCUCAGAUGAUGGAACAUACGCUAUGAAGAAAGUCAUCAUCCAGACGGAGGAGCAGCUGGAGCUGGUUAAGCAGGAGAUCCGCGUCUCAUCCCUGUUCAGUCAUCCUAGUUUGCUUCCUCUCAUUGAUCAUGCCAUCAUUCCUGUUAAGGGUACACAGGAUGGGUCACGAAAGCAUGAAGCCUACUUAUUGUUCCCUGUUCAUCUGGAUGGAACUUUACUAGACCUGGCUAAAAUUAUGCAAUCAAAGAAGGAAACUUUUCCGACAAUCACGGUUCUUCACAUUUUCAGACAGCUUUGUGAUGGCCUGAAGCACAUGCACAGUUUUGAUCCUCCAUAUGCUCACAAUGAUGUAAAACCAGGUAAUGUUCUCAUAACACAUAGGAAAGGGCAACCACCUAUUGCUAUUUUAAUGGAUUUUGGAAGUGCACGACCAGCGAGAAAAGAAAUUCGUUCAAGGUCUGAGUCAUUGCAGUUGCAGGAGUGGGCUAGUGAGCAUUGUUCCGCACCUUUUCGGGCUCCUGAGCUGUGGGACUGCCCGAGCCAUGCGAAUAUUGAUGAAAGGACAGAUAUAUGGUCUCUUGGAUGUACGCUGUAUGCAAUAAUGUAUGGCACCUCGCCUUUCGAGCAUGUGCUCGGCGAAUCAGGAGGAAGCUUGCAGUUAGCAGUCAUGAACGCCCAGAUCAAAUGGCCAUCUGAACCAAACCCCCCUUACCCUGAGAGCCUCCGCCAGUUUGUCGCAUGGAUGUUACAGCCCCAACCUGCAGUGCGGCCAAACAUCGAAGAUAUAAUCAUCCAUGUUGACAAGCUCAUAUCCAAGGACUCAUCCUGAAGUAUGAAGUAUGGAAAAUUUGUUUGUGGAUUAGCCUUUUGUUUUAAAGUUGAAUUAGAUGGAUUAAAAAUCAUAAAAUUUGAAGUUGGUCAUUUGUUCCUUAAUUGCCUCUUGGAAGAAGAGGUUUAAACAAUGAUAUAUCACCAUCUUCCAUACAUGCUCUCCACUCCUCAAGAGCAUGGAAGAGAUGAGUUUUGUGUUC